GUAGCGAGUAUACAGCGACUUGGCUGAACAAAACACCCCAGCAGGCUUGACCGGUCGCUGCUAUGUAAAGCUAUUCCAUAAUGCUUUCCAAAUCCCAAGUUGAUUGCCGAGCUUACAAACAAGGGCAGAAUGCGUAGCUGUAUGUUGCAAGUUAUCGCGGCUAUCGCCUUGCUGUGCGCGCUUGGCCAAGGGCCACAACCUGCUACAGCAAGUAAUGUACAGCUCGGCGUAACUGAAUCGUUGCUGCAACAGCAAGACGUCGGGCAUGGGGAGCUGCAUGGCGAGCAGGCUUCUGCUGCUCUGGGCGACCCGCAACUGCCUGCCAAAACCGGGCGGCGCCUCAGCACGGUAGACGACGCCCGCAAAGCAGCCGUACCGCGCUUUCAAUCCCUGGCGGAGGCCACUACGAGCGCAGCCCACUCCAGUUGGUGGGACUGGAUGUCUUCUUCAACAUCACUAGCAACCUCGUCAUCGGGCUGGUCGCCUGUGUCAGGAGGUCCGUGGCGCUGGAGGCGGAGGCUGGGCGACGAGCUCGGCGAGAAGCCCGAGGCGGCGCACCGGCUGCCCGAGCUGCCGGGCGGCUACCUGUACCCGGUGCUGGCCUGGGGCCCCAACAACCAGGUGGCAGGUCUGAAGGAGGCGCUGGUGCUGGGCCGCAUGCUGGGGCGCACAGUCAUUGUGCACGACAUCCUGAACCACUAUGACGACAAGGGGCCAGCGGACGGCGCGGGCGGCGGCGACGUCCACCGCUCCAUGGACUUCAGCCUGGUCUUUGACUUUGACCACCUGUCGCGACACCAGAGCGUGGUCACGCUGGCGGAGCGGCUGCAGGCGGGCUGGGACGCACAGCUGGAUGCGGUGGCGCACUUUGGCCCCAAGUUCCUGGCGCAGAUCAAGAACGCUCGCGCUCUCAACGUGAGCGACGAGCGCGCGGAGUACAUAGAUUUUGAGCGCUUCGACUGCAGCGCCGACCAGAUGGAGGCGAUGAAGGAGCGACUCAUGGCGCACGAGGUGGUUGCGUUCAUUGUGUAUGAGAACAUCGUGCGGGACGCCGGGCACGGCAUCAAGCUGCGAGUCACUGGCGAGCUCUGCCACGACGAGUACCUCCGGGUGUCUGCGCAGCUAACCAAGAGCGAGGCACUGGUGGAGCUGGCCACGGAGUUCAGGGCCAAGCGGCUGGGCGGCGGCACGGAGCCCUACAUGGCCAUACACGUGCGGCCCUACCCCGACACAUGCCUGUACUUGUGGAAGCGGGACAAGUACAACAUUGAGCAGGCGGCCCGCAGCUGCAAGAACAAGAACCUGUACAACGUGUUCGUGCAGCAGACCGUCAAGGCGAUGAAGGCGCGCAAGCUCAAGUCGCUGUUCGUGAUGUCGUACCCGGACCUGCGCCCACGCAUCAGCGCCAUGUUCGGCGAGGUGGGCGUCAGCCCCAUCUACUACUCGGAGGCAGAUCUGGAGGAGGCGGUGGGGUACAAGAGCGUGUCGCUGUUGGGCAUGGUGGAGGAGGAGAUCGCCUACGAGGCCGACGCCUUCAUAGGCACCAGCUACAGCAGCAUGUCCAGCAUCAUCAUGCAGGAGCGAUUUGCGCGUGGCAAGCCCAAGGGCUCCACAUCCACAUUCACUAGGACGUCCUAAAACUUGCUGCUGUAGCACCCAGUGUGUCAUGCAGUCAAUGGGCGCCGAUGCCAUGAUGGAUUGGGAUGGAUCGGGAUGGAGUGCUGGUGUCUGCUGUGCCGACUGCCGACGUCAUUUGGGCGUGCUAUCAAAAGCGAAUAUCAACUCUCUUCAAUGUAAAAUGUCUGCCGA